CACGGUAAAGAUCUCUUCUCGAACAAAAGCAAAACCCAACAGAAAGCUGCCCAGUUAACUGAACGGCGGAGGCAUCCUUCGUCGGAUCCGCCAUGGCUGCCGCUGCCCCCCUCCUCUCCCUCCUCCUCCUCCUCCUCCUCCUCCCGGCCUCAAAUGCCAUCUACUGCGACGAAGACGACUGCUACGACCUCCUCGGGCUUAAGCAGGACGCGAACGCGUCGGAGAUCAAGAAAGCCUACUACAAGCUCUCCCUCAAACACCACCCGGACAAGAACCCCGAUCCGGAGUCGCGGAAGCUCUUCGUCAAGAUCGCCAAUGCUUACGAGAUUCUGAAAGACGAAUCCACUAGGGAGCAGUAUGACUAUGCCAUUGCACAUCCGGAGGAGGUUUUUUACAACACAGCUCAGUACUAUAGGGCGUACUAUGGACAUAAAACGGAUCCUCGCGCUGUGUUGAUUGGUCUUCUUCUAAUUGUCUCAGCAUUUCAGUACAUAAAUCAGCUGACAAGGUAUAACCAGGCCAUAGAAAGUGUCAAGCAAACUCCUGCUUACAGAAAUAGGUUAAAAGCAUUGGAGUUUGAGCGAACAGGAGGAAUUGCUAGCAAAAAGAAGGGUCACAAGCAGAUGGAUAAGAAGGUCGAAGAAGCCGUUAGUAAUGAAGUUGAAUUGCAAAUCCAUGGCGUCGAGAAACCAUCUGUCUGGAGGCUCUAUGGUGUCCAAUUUAUACUUUUGCCCUACUUCAUUGGCAAGGUGCUUACUUGGGAGAUUUGUUGGUUUUGGAGAUACCAGGUAAAGAAAUUACCAUAUGCAUGGGAAGAUGCUUGCUACUUGACUCAGACUUCACUCAAGAUACCUGCCAGUACAUGGAAAAAUAUUGAUGAGUCUAGGAAGGAGGACCUUGUGACAAGACGCCUUUGGGAGAAGAGCAACAUGGAGAGGUACAUCGCAGAGACAAGGAAGGAAUCAAAGCGUAGGAGGUAGCUGUAUAACUUCUUUUUGGCCUGAAGUUACGAGGAGGUCUUGACAACACAGCAUGUAGCACAUGUUGGGGUGAAAAAGGUAACACAAAGAUGAUUCAGGCCUGAGUUCACCGACGGCGGAUCAUGUUGGGGGACAAACCAAACAGUACUGUUUAAUUUGUCAAAGCGUCAGAGAGGGGGUUGUGAUCUUCAGAAAGUACCAACGGUACAGAACAAAGAAUCAGAGCAGAGCAGUUUUGUUACCCUGUGAAACAGACUGUAAUCACAUCUUUGAACGUGUAGGGUAAAUCCAUAUAAUUUCAUAGUACAGCGGAUAUUUGUUCCUUAAACAAUUUGUGGGCUAGUAGAAAUUAAUACGGAAGAGCAUUUAUACAA